CUUUCGCUUACAGCUGUAGAUUGGGAGUUGCUGGUAGCUGAGAACCAUUUCCCAACUCACGAGAGGAUCAUUCAUCCGUGUCGGGAAGCCUGCGCGCGCUUCUUCUGAUCGGUUUCUCCUCUUAGUAAUUGGCUCACAAUGGCAUCUCAACUAGGGAGAGAGCUGGUGCCCUUGAUCGCGAGCGUGCAGACGCAACGAGCGCUGCUCGCUCUGGCGCAGCCGCUCGGCGUGGCACUUGGGUCAUCCAGGGCUAUUUGGACUUCCCGGAGUGCUCUAAGCGAGCCCCAGAAGUCCGAGGCCAGCACCUCUGGGGCGGGCCAGCAGCAGUCGCAGCAGCAGCAGGAGCAGGCGAGCUCGAGUGCGAGCAGCAGCGAGCAGCAGGCGCAGAACUUCUACAACAACUUCAAGGCGGGCUUCGAGGACCUUAAAAACAAGGCCGGCGCUGCCGCCGGGGCCGCGGCCGGGGCUGCCGGCGGAGCGGGCGCCGGGGCCGGGGGGGAGCCGGCGGCCCAGCGCCUGAUCCAGACGCUAGCACAGGACCUGCGGGAGACGCUGCUGCCGGCGCAGGACAUCACGUCAGCCACCCGCGCCUACACGGGACCGGUGGCGGCCGCGACCUACGACGGCCCCACUGCGCUGGUGCUGGCGAAGCAGCAGGCGACGGGGUGGCAGAAAGUGUGGAACAGCGUGUCGGAGAAGCUGGGGACCAUUCCGGGCGUGGCCAACCUGCUAAACCUUAAGGUGACUGACACGAGCGCCUAUAAGAAGGGCCAGGAGCUGGUGGAGGACCUGAAGGACAAGUACGAGACGUCCGACCACCCCGUGGUGCACAAAGUGGAGGAGCUCAAGUCCAGCAUGUUCACGGGCAGUGAGGCCAGCCGGGCCAUGCGCGAGAUCCGUGUGCGCGACCAGGCCUUUGACAUGAACCGCUUCGUGCAGUCGGUAAAGCUGGACGCACCCGUGGUGGUCAAGGCCUUCCUGAAGCACGACCUGGAUACGCUGUCUCAGCACUGCGGCCCCGAGCUCAUGGAGCGGUUCGCGGGUAUCUUCAAGCACUUCAACGAGCAGGGCCUGUUUGAGGACCCGUCCAUUCUGUUCAUUGGCGACGUGGAGAUUGUUGAGGUCCGGCUCAUGGACGACGACCCCUUCAUCAUCGCCCAGUUCCACUGCCAGCAGCUCAAGUGCACGCGCGACAAGUUUGGCAACGUGGUGGACGGCGACGCCAACACCAUCCAGCGCGUGUACUACUUCUGGGGGCUGCAGCAGGAGCGCAGCCCGGUGGUGACGGCGGAGGGCAAGGUGCUGCCGCCGCGCUGGGUGAUCAAGGACAUGAUGUGGCAGUCCAUGCUGGCGCUGGUGUAGAGCGGCAGGAGGAUCGGAAGUGGGAGGAAGAGGAGGAGUGGAGGCAGCAGGAGGGCGGGGCUGGGGGCGCGAGUGCACGGCUGAGGGUUAGGGGGCGCACGUUCGUGGGGAGCAGUGCCGGUGAGGCGGUGAGUGGGGGAACGGAGGAGCGGGAGCAAGGGACGCUGGGCGUGCAGGAGUGGAGCAAAGGAAUACGGUAGGCGGGCCGUUGUGGGGGAGGGGCAAACGUGUGCGGAGUUGACAGCGGCAAGCGCGAAGGGCUAUAGGCAGGAUGCUAAUGUUGUGUUCCAGGCUCAAGAGCGGAGAGCUCUGUUAAGGAUGAUAACGGCCUCUGGUCAAAUAGCUGGCGUCCGGGGGCGGCUAUAGCAGAGCUUGGAGCGAGUGGCAAAGCAGCCUCACGAUUGGGGAUGACGCUGCACUAGCGGUGCGAAGCACAGUGCAAACAUCGUACAAGACAGGAUUAUAGUCCCUCUGGCGCUUCGUCAGGGGUGCUCCUACGCUUGGGGCAGCAUCAUCAAGUUAAGAAUUAGCAGUGACAGGCAAUCUGAACGUCAAACGGUGGUAUGCGACACGUGGAUGGAAUCAGCACAGGGGUGCCCCUGAAUCAGCAGUGAUGGACUGAACGGACAAUAAAAGUGGAUG